AUGGGCGUCAGGGACGUCGCCGCCGCCGCCGCCGCCGCGGGGACCAACUGGCUGAGCACGUCGCCGCUGAGCCGCCGCCCCGGCUUCCUCGGCGGAACCUCGCCGGGUGGCGGUCGACCCCUGGGCGGCUCCGGCUCGCACCAGAAACCUCCGCUGUCGUCCUCCCCGUCCGUCGCCCGCGCCGCCUCCUUCGGCGGGUUCACCCCCGGCGGCGACGGCGUCUCGGUCGAGAUCCAGCCGGUUCCGUUUUCCCUGCAGGGGAGCAAGGCGCGAAGCGGCAGCGACCGGUCGCUGAACUCGAUGGACGCGGAGUACGUCCUCGUGGAGGAUGACAAAUCCGGCGGCGACAAGUCCGGCGGCCUCGCGUCGAUGGAGUCCUCCCCGGGCGGGUCCCUCCCGAGCGGCGGCGGCGGCGGCGGCGGCGGGCUCACGCAGAUGGCGGCGGGGUUGACCAGGAGACUCUCGUCGAACCUCGGAGCCGUCAUUCUCGGCUCGUCACCGCCGCCGAGCAAAUUUGGCAACAACCACCACCACGUCACGUCGUCGUCGUCGUCGCCCGGGCGGGAGCUCUACCGCAUGAGCUCCUCGCCCGGCGGUACCGGCCUGGGCUCGGGAGGGAGCCCCGGGUCGUUUCCGCCCCGGCCGGGGUCCUCCCGUCACUCGCCCCCCGGGAUGCUCGGCGAAUUCCGUAACUCCCCGAGUUACCCAUCGUCCAGGGUCUCCAGCGCGCGAUCAGGAGGCGGGGGCGGUUCGGGGCUGGCGCUCGGGGCUGGCGCGUCCCUGGCCCCGUCGCAGUCGCCGUCGGAGAAGGAGGCGGCGGCGGCGUUGGCGUUGGCUCGCGUGGCGCAGGCGGCGGCGGCGGCGGCGCCCGGGGAGAAGCGCUUCGCCAGCGCGGCGCAGCGCGUCUCCGUGCUCGAACGCGCCGCGACGGUCCUGAGAGACGUCGCCAUGGAGCGGUGGGACAGCGGCAAGAAACUCGACGCGCUGUCCGUGUCGCUCGUGUCGUUGACGGCGCUCAGGGAGGGGUACAAGCUCGCGCAGGCCGUCGCGAAAGAGGCGGCGGAGGCGGAGGCGUGCUCGAACGCUCCCCAAGGCGUCGGGCCCCUGGACGGCUCGCGAAACGUCCGGCUGUCCGACAUGUCCGACUCCUCGCGAUCGUCCGGCGGCGGCGGCGGCGGCGACUGCGCGUCGCGGCCCGCGAGCGCGUCGUCGUCGUCGUCGGGGUCGCCGCCGUGGAUCCCCGGCAGGUCCUCCUCCUCGUCUCAAUCCGGCACCAUCGGCUCAUCCGCGGAGCUCCCCCGCCUCUCGUCCAAGACCCCGGAACGCCUUCGCAAGGAUCGCGAGCGCGCGGUCAAGACUGCGGAGCGGAUCAAGAACGCCUUCAACGCCGCGCUGACGCGCGCCGACCGCGCCGCCGCCGCGGUCAAGGGCGUCGGCGUCGAGGGUUCCGCCGUGUUGCCCGACGCGAUGGACCUCGCGUACGACGCGGCGCUGGCGCUCGGUCGAUCGGGCGCGGUCGAGGAGCUCAUGGGCAACACGAGGACCGCGCUCGAGGCGUACUCGAGGGCGCAGACGCUCUUGGUGUUCAUACUGAGCGAGGGGCCGCGGUUUGUCACCGCGAGGGACGAGCAGAGCGGAGACGAACGAGCGGCGACGGACGCCGAGCGAGAGACGGCGGCGGCGCUCGUGAGUGCCCCGGGGCGCGCCGCCGGAGACGGUGUCGAAACCGGGGACGGAUCGCGUCUCAUCACCCCGUCCGUCCACCCGUGCGACGAGUUCCCCGCGCGCGGAAGGAUCGCGAGGUUCGUCGGCGCGAUCGGCGCGAGGCAGCAGGCGUGCGCGGCGACGGCGAUGCGCUCCAGCUCGGGCGCGACUCGAAGGCCACCGUGA